AUGGGAAAGACAACUCUUUUGCAACAUAUUUAUGAAGAUGAAAUGGCAGAGGAAUUUGAUCUUAAAAUUUGGGUUUGUGUUUCCAACAACUAUGAUGUGAAAAAAUUCAUUGCAGAUAUGUUGGAAUCUCUUAAGAAGGAGAGGCCUCGUUUGGAGACACUUGAGGCAUUUCAAGAUAGUCUUCGGAUUGAGAUCAUGUCCAAAAAGUUCUUACUUGUGAUGGAUGACAUUUGGGAGGAUGAUGAGAAGCAGGAUAAAAGUAAAUGGGAGAAGGUGCUCGUCCCUUUGGCUUAUGGGAGUUUUGGUAGUAGAAUUUUGGUAACAACUCGAAUGGGCUCAGCUGCAAUGAUGAUUGCAACUGUCAUUAAAGAGAAGUCGGAAGUAUUUAGAUUAGAGGGCUUGGAGAAAGUUCAGUGUUUGUAG